AAAAAAAAAAAAAAAAAAAACCCCUCUGAGAAGUGAGAAUUGCAGAGCAAAACCACACUCAUUCGCAGACACAAACACUCUCUAAAAGCCUCUACCAGAAAAAUGCUUCUCCAACCCUCUCUUCACCACCACAACGCUUCUCUCACAUCCUCAUCCCUCUUCUACUCCUUGCCUCUACCAUGCAGAAGCAUAGUUCCCAAUCUAACACUCCCAAAGACUGUAAAUUACAGAGGAGUCCCAAUCACAGUCACUUGCUCUAUCUCACAAAUCCACAGCUAUGGCACCAUGGACUAUGAGCGUAGACCCAUUGUGAAAUGGAAUGCUAUAUACAAGAGAAUAUCUAUGAUGGAAAACCCUGAGUUGGGUUCUGGGAGUGUGUUGGACCAGUGGGAGAAACAGGGUAGGAGGCUCUCAAAAUGGGAGCUUUUUAGGGUGGUCAAGGAGCUCAGGAAGUACAAGAGGUUCAAGCCAGCUCUUGAGGUUUAUGAUUGGAUGAACAACAGAGGAGAGAGGUUUAGAGUAGCAGCUAGUGAUGCUGCAAUUCAAUUAGAUCUAAUUGGCAAGGUUCAUGGAAUUUCUAGAGCUGAAGAUUACUUCCUGGAGCUACCAGAUAGGUUGAAAGACAGGAGGAUCUAUGGGGCUCUUCUUAAUGCUUAUGUGAGAGCCAAAAUGAGAGGAAAGGCAGAAUCUUUACUUGAAAAAAUGAGAAGUAAAGGUUAUGCCAUGCACUCACUUCCUUUCAAUGUGAUGAUGACUCUCUAUAUGAAUCUCAAGGAGUUUGAUAAAGUUGACUUGAUGAUCUCAGAAAUGACUGAGAAAAAUAUAAAACUAGAUAUAUAUUCCUAUAAUAUCUGGUUAUCAUCUCGUGGAUUACAAGGAUCUGCAGAAAAGAUGGAACAAGUAUUUGAACAGAUGAAACAGGACAGGACCAUUAAUCCCAAUUGGACUACAUUCAGCACAAUGGCUACAAUGUACGCUAAGAUGGGGCAGAUUGAAAAGGCUGAAGAUUGCUUAAAGAAUGUUGAGAGUAGGAUCACAGGCCGGGAUCGGAUACCUUAUCAUUAUCUAAUAAGUCUUUAUGGAAAUGUUGGUAACAAAGAAGAGGCUUAUCGGGUGUGGAAAAUUUACAAAACCAUUUUUCCUGGUAUUCCAAAUUUGGCUUAUCAUGCUAUCAUCUCUUCUCUUGUUAGGCUAGGUGAUAUUGAAGGGGCAGAAAAAAUUUAUGAGGAAUGGUUGCAAGUAAAAUCAUCUUUUGACCCUAGGAUAACAAAUCUUCUCAUGGGUUGGUAUGUUAAAGAGGGAAAUUUGGAUAAAGCUGAGAGUUUUUUCAACCAUAUGGUUGAAGUUGGAGGAAAACCAAAUUCAAGUUCAUGGGAAACUCUUGCUGAGGGGCAUAUUGGAGAAAAGAGGAUUUCUGAGGCUUUAUCCUGCUGGAAAGAAGCUUUUAUGGCCGAGGGAUCAUGGAGUUGGAGGCCAAAGCCCGUUAAUGUGUCUGCCUUCUUUAAGCUGUGUGAGGAAAACAAUGACAUGGAGAGCAAGGAAGUUUUCGUUGGACUGUUGAGGCAAUCAAGAUCUCUUGAAAAUAAAGCAUAUGCAUCACUCAUCGGCUUGUCUGAUGGAGACGUCAGUGGAAAUGAACUUUCAGUGGGGAAAGAUAAAACUGAUGAUAACACUGACAAUGAUGAGGAUGAGAACAAUGGGCCUGAAGUGCUUCUUAACCAACUACAGGGUAGCCUGUGAUACUUCUGUUGUAUACAUUGGACAUUCAGUUGUUAGACUUAAAGGUGCGAGUUCUUGCUGAAGUGGGUCUCUUGCAAUUUUCAAAGAGCUCUUAUAAAAAAGGCAGUCUAGUAUUACAAAGUUCUGCUAAUAGUGCCAGGAUAGGGAUUUUGGAAUUUCUCUGUGGAGCUGUAAUAUCCAUAUAGGUGUUAAUACAUGGAGCUUUACUCAGCAGAUGAAUAUCUCAGAUGUUUAUAUCCAAAAUCUCAUCUCUGUUCGUCGGCUGUGGGAGUCCUUUUUCUAAUUCAGUUUAUCUUUUGGACCAUACAAGUCUCAAAUUUUAUGACUUUUUUACAGUAUGCAGAAGCAAUGUGAGUCUUGUUACCAAUUGUAGCUUUAACUUCAAAAUUCGAUCUAAUGUAUUGUGAUUCUCUGUUUUACAAA